AUGACUGAGGCACGACCCCACGAACUCUACAUUAAACUUGAAAAGGUUGAUGGAUCCACCAGCUACGCUCAAUACGAUGACUUUAUGAUCGGGAGUGAGGAGGAAUACUACAAGUUGAAGAAUCUUGGGAAAUAUUCUGGUGCAGCCGGAGACUCCCUUACAUUUAAUAAGAACCAAAAGUUCUCCACAUUUGAUCGGGAUAAUGACAAUCAUAUAGCUAGAAAUUGUGCCAAUGAAGUCGGUGCAUGGUGGCACAAAGCCUGUUCAUACAGUACGCUCAAUGGAAAAUACUUCAGAGAUGGCAUCGGUAGUCAAGGAAUGAUGAUAAUGAUGUCGAAAUGA